AUGCCGCCGAAACGCCCUUCCUCGAAGAAGAAGAACGGAAGCAAGAGUUCGUCGUCGUCGUCGUUUAGUUCCAGAGAUGAGGAGGAAAUGCACGCGUUCGCGCCGUGGUCGAGAACGGUGGAGGAGAACUGUCGGUUUUACGAGACGUCUUUGGAAUUUGGUUUAUCGAGUGCAGAGGUGGCGAAAAGGCAGGAGAGAUUCGGCGCGAACGAACUCACCAAGGCGAAAGGGAAAAGCUUACUGAAAUUAGUUUUGGAACAAUUCGACGACGCGUUGGUUAAAAUUUUACUCGCCUCCGCGAUGGUGUCGUUCGUUCUGGCAUUCUUCGAUGAAGGGCCGAACCCGGGGGGAGGGAAAGAUAUCACCGCGUUCGUCGAACCUUUGGUAAUUCUGUUGAUUUUGGUUUUGAACGCCAUCGUCGGGGUAUGGCAAGAAACGAACGCGGAGAACGCGUUGGAGGCGUUGAAAGAGAUGCAAUCGCCAGAUGCGAGGGUGAUUAGGAACAGCGGGGAGAUGAUGACCGUGCCGGCGAGUGAAUUAGUGGUCGGGGAUAUCGUCGCGCUGCAAACAGGAGACAGAGUGCCCGCGGAUUUGAGAGUGAUGGAGCUAAGAACGGCAACGCUGAGAUGCGAGCAGGCGAGUUUGACCGGCGAAUCCGUUGCAGUGGACAAGCAAGCCGAGGACGACGAAUUAUGCCCGGUAGAGAUUGAGUUGCAAGGGAAAACGAACAUCAUGUUCAGCGGGACAGCGGUGAGUAACGGCCAAUGUACAGGUAUGGUGUGCGCGAUCGGGAUGAACACGGAGAUGGGGAAGAUUCAAACGCAAAUCGAAGAAGCGAGUUCGGAGGAAGAGGAUACGCCGUUGAAGCAAAAGUUGGACGCGUUUGGUGAGGUUUUGAGUAAACUCAUCGCGAUUAUUUGUUUGUUGGUGUGGUUGAUCAACUAUCAUCACUUCAUUUCGUUCGAAAACGGAAGUUUUGCCUUCAACUUUGCCAAGUGCACGUAUUAUUUUAAAAUUGCGGUGGCGUUGGCGGUAGCGGCGAUUCCCGAAGGCUUACCGGCGGUAAUCACCACGUGUUUGGCGCUCGGGACGAGGAAGAUGGCGAAACAAAAUGCAAUCGUGAGAAAGCUUCCAUCCGUGGAGACUUUGGGGUGCACUUCGGUUAUUUGUUCCGAUAAAACGGGAACGUUGACGACGAACCAGAUGAGUGCGGUGAAGUUUGUUACCGCAGACAAAAACGGAACGAAAACGAGGGCGUUUAACGUCGCCGGGACGUCGUACGAUCCCACACAAGGCGGGGUUGAAAAUUUACCAGAUUUGAAGCAAGACGCUACUUUCGUCGUCGCCGCGCAAAUCUGCGCCGCGUGCAACUCCUCUCAAAUUGAGUUUGUUGAAGGAUCUGGGUACAGAUGUAUCGGCGAGCCUACAGAAGGCGCGUUGAAAAUAUUAGCAGAGAAAAUAGGGUGCGAAGAUGAUGCGAAACAUCGAAAGGCGAUGAACCGCAGGGACAAGAGUUCAAAAGACGGCGCGCAGGCGGUGUGUGAUGAAAUCAUGAGCAACGUCGAGGUCUUGUCUACUUUGGAGUUUGAUAGAAACCGUAAGUCGAUGUCGGUAAUAUGCAGAGAGAAGAUGAACAAUACUAAAAAAAGUAAAAAUAGUAAUGGCGUGGAGAACUACCUUCUUGCGAAAGGCGCGCCGGAGUUUAUUUUAGAGAGGUGCACGCAUAUUUUAACCCCGGAUGGUAUGGAAAUUCCUCUGACAAAAAGCAUGCGCAACGAUAUCUUAAAGCGACAGCAGGGUAUGGCGAGCGUCGCGUUGCGAUGCUUGGCGUUGGCGAUUAAGUCUGGACCGGAGCUUGGCGUUUUGUCGAGUUACGAUGGCAGUCAUUCGCACCCGGGGUAUAAGAUUUUGAAAGAUCCUUCGCAAUACGAAGUGGUAGAGUCGGAGAUGACAUUCGUUGGCCUCGCCGGCUUACGUGAUCCACCGAGACCAGAAGUGAAAGAUGCCAUUAAUGAUUGCAAGAAAGCCGGCAUUCGAGUUAUUGUCAUCACCGGCGACAACAAGUUAACGGCCGAGGCGAUUUGCGCAGAGAUUGGCGUUUUCGAUUCGAUGCGCGAAGCGGCGGAGUUUUCGUUUACUGGACGCGAGUUUACGCAAAUGACGAAGCAGCAACAGAGAGCAUGUCUUGAAGGCGAGUUCAACGGCGUUGUAUUUUCGCGCGCGGAACCGAAGCAUAAGCAAGAUAUCGUGCGCUUGUUGCGAGAGGACGGACAUAUAGUCGCCAUGACUGGCGACGGUGUGAACGACGCGCCUGCUUUAAAACUCGCGGACAUCGGUAUUUCCAUGGGUAUUGCGGGCACAGAAGUUGCAAAAGAGGCGUCGGAUAUGAUUUUAGUCGAUGACAACUUUUCCACCAUCGUUUCCGCGGUUUCCGAAGGUCGGUCGAUUUAUGAUAACAUGAAAGCGUUCAUCAGAUACAUGAUUUCCAGUAACGUCGGCGAGGUUGUUUCCAUCUUCUUAACUGCCGCGCUCGGCUUACCGGAAGGUUUAAUCCCGGUGCAGCUAUUGUGGGUCAAUUUGGUUACCGACGGUCCACCAGCAACUGCGUUGGGUUUCAAUCCCCCGGAUAAAGACAUUAUGACGAAACCGCCGCGACGCAAAGACGACGAGUUACUCACGCGAUGGAGCGUCUUCCGCUAUGCCGUCGUCGGCUUAUAUGUUGGCAUCGCCACGGUGGGUGUCUUUUGCAUUUGGUACACCCGAACGUCGUUUAUGUUUAUCGACUUGUCGGGUGAUAACCACACGACGGUAUCGAUGAAACAACUCAUGGAUUGGGAAAACUGCGCUUCCUGGACCGACGGCGCGUUCAAAGGCGGUUCGUAUUCCACCGCUAUGGAUGGUCCGUCCUUCUCUUUCACCGGUAAAAACAAGUGCGACUACUUCAACGAAGGUAAAGCUAAGGCAUCGACGUUAUCUUUAUCUGUUCUGGUGACGAUUGAAAUGUUCAACGCCUUGAACGCCUUGUCGGAAGACUCCAGUUUGUUCACGUCGCCGCCUUGGAUCAAUCCGUACUUGCUCGUCGCCAUGUUCGUCUCCUUCGGUUUACACUUUGUGAUUUUGUACGUCCCAAGUUUUGCGACGAUCUUCUCCAUCGUCCCGUUAAGUUUCAACGAGUGGAUGUUGGUCGUACUGUGCGCGUUACCAGUGUGCAUCAUCGACGAAGUUUUGAAAUGGUUCGGGAGACGAAUGAACGAAAAAGAGUUGCGAGCGAGACUCGACGCGAUGAAGAAUACCGGCAAAAACGGCAAAGCGAAGAAGACGACGUCGACGCGAAGAAGACGUUAA